UUUACGCUCCAAUUCUUUCAAGUGUUUUUUUCACUGGAACUUCUGAGAAAGAUCUUUGUUACUUUGAAACAGUUGAAUUUUCAAAUUUGCACUAGGAAAAGGAAAAAAAGAAACAUAACAGAAACUUGUUCAAAUUUUCAAUGUCCCAGUCAAUGGGAUCUCGUUUCUGAUAAACAGAUGAUGCAAGAGGAGCAGCCUCUCCAGGUUGCUAGAUGCACUAAGAUUAUUAGUCCAAACACUGAAGAUGCCAAGUACGUCAUUAAUGUCAAACAGAUUGCUAAGUUUGUGGUUGGCCUUGGCGAUAAAGUGUCUCCCACUGACAUUGAAGAAGGCAUGCGCGUUGGAGUUGAUAGGAAUAAGUAUCAGAUACAGAUUCCUCGACCUCCCAAAAUCGAUCCUAGUGUCACCAUGAUGACUGUUGAAGAGAAACCUGAUGUUACUUACAAUGAUGUUGGUGGCUGCAAGGAGCAGAUUGAGAAGAUGCGAGAGGUCGUUGAACUGCCAAUGCUUCACCCGGAGAAGUUUCUGAAGCUUGGAAUAGAUCCUCCCAAGGGCGUUCUCUGCUACGGUCCUCCUGGUACCGGCAAAACCCUUUUGGCUAGAGCUGUUGCCAACAGAACCGAUGCUUGCUUUAUCAGAGUUAUUGGCAGUGAGCUUGUUCAGAAGUAUGUCGGCGAAGGAGCUAGGAUGGUUCGUGAACUGUUUCAGAUGGCACGGUCCAAAAAAGCAUGCAUUGUCUUCUUUGACGAAGUUGACGCCAUUGGUGGUGCUAGAUUUGAUGACGGUGUAGGAGGUGACAAUGAAGUCCAGCGUACUAUGCUUGAGAUUGUGAAUCAGCUUGAUGGUUUUGACGCACGUGGUAACAUCAAGGUUCUUAUGGCAACAAACAGACUCAUUGGUUACUUCUGUUCUGACACGCUGGACCCUGCUCUUCUACGUCCUGGACGUCUUGACCGUAAGGUUGAGUUUGGUUUGCCUGAUCUGGAGAGCAGAACACAGAUCUUCAAGAUUCACACAAGAACCAUGAACUGCGAGAGAGACAUCCGUUUUGAGCUCCUUGCUCGCCUCUGCCCAAACUCAACUGGAGCUGAUAUCAGGAGUGUGUGCACUGAAGCUGGAAUGUAUGCAAUCAGAGCUAGGAGAAAGACGGUGACUGAGAAAGACUUUCUGGAUGCAGUGAACAAAGUAAUCAAAGGUUAUCAGAAGUUCAGUGCAACCCCCAAGUAUAUGCCCCAUUACGUUUAGAGAGAGAGAGAGAGAGAAAGCGACUGUACUAAUGUCCUAAAACAAAUAAAACUUAGAAAACACUCGUCACCCUUUGUGUCUCUCUUACACUCGAUAUCUCUUUUGCAGUACCUUUUUCAGUUCCAGUAACUCCGUUGUGUUCUACAAUAAUGUCCGAUACUUUUUGAUUCCUUAAAUUCUCAUUUUAGUCUUAUCAUGGACUAUAUAUGAACCUUUACCUUUUUUUAUGGAAACUUCAUAACUGAGUGUGGCAACAUGCAUCAGACUCCGGCAUUUUCUUACUUGGUAUCUUGGCUUCCUCAAGCUGAAGUUUGCUGAUUUAUAACCCUUUACUAAAAGGAUUAUAAACAAGCUUCACUGGCGGACGAUUAAGUUCUUGUCCUAUAUGCUGGAAAAAUUAGGCUAAUCUCAUUAGUUGUCUACGUACAUACCGGUGAAUUUCUGGAGCCAAGUAUCUGUCGUGCCUAAAACGUUUUAGGCAAAAGUUGAUUCCCGGUGAUUUGAUCAUCAGGCUUGGAAAUAUUAUAUACAUAUUAUAUUAUCAUAUGAUCUUACAAAUUUAUUUUGGCUUGUUUGAAAAAGUAUGUACAUAAUUUGACUUUUGAUGGGGUUCUUAAUUAUUUAACAUGAAUUAAUUAGAAUCGAAUCUUGAUUUUUUUUCUUAAUUACUUUAUAUAUUAUACAAAAUGAUAUGAACUUACUAGUUCAAACAGCCAAAGAGAGUAUUAUUUACAACAAAACAGAUAUAUGUAUAUUAUUAGAAAAGGAGAAUACAUAUAACUGGAAUAUGUCUAAACAUGCAUAAGCAAUCUUGGCGGGUCUAAAUAGGCUUGGUGCACUGUAUUUCACUCCCAAAGCAUUGGCUCUUCAAACAUGCUCUUCUGUUAAGCAGUGACAAAUUUUGUGU